UAAUGUAAAGAAGAAGAACGAACCCUAAAUCUGACUAUAAAAUCAAAAGCCAAUACCUCAGCGACUUUUCGUUUGCGCCGCUGCUUCUAUCCCUCUACGUCUCGCAUCGCCGGGGAUCGGUGAAACCCUAGAAUUGCCUUUCUCUGCUCAAGAUGGCGCCGAAGAAGGACAAGGCACCACCGCCGUCGUCGAAGCCUGCCAAGUCCGGCGGAGGCAAGCAGAAGAAGAAGAAGUGGAGCAAGGGAAAGCAAAAGGAGAAGGUGAAUAAUGCUGUGCUAUUCGAUCAGGCGAGCUAUGAUAAGAUGCUUUCCGAGGUUCCUAAGUUCAAGCAGAUCACUCCGUCGGUUCUUUCUGAGAGGCUGAGGAUUAAUGGAUCUCUUGCUAGAAGGGCGAUCAAGGAUUUAAUGGCUAGAGGUGCAAUCAGGAUGGUGUCUGCACAUGCCAGUCAGCAAAUUUACACAAGGGCCACAAAUACCUAGAUGUGGAAAUUUGUUUUUUUAGGAUCACUGUUUUACCAAUUUUCCCUUCUUAUUAUCAAUUAUCCCCAGGUUGACUAGCCUUUUUAUUUUAUUAUUUUCCAUUCUGUGGCAGUGUAGGCUUUGCCUGGAUACUCUUAGCUUCGUUAGCCAUUUGCUUUGAAUGCCGUUUGGUUUGAUUUACUUGCGUUAAGUUUUGAAUGAACUCAUUAUAGUACUUUCCAUUAAGGCAAUGAUGCCUGUUUUUCAUU